AUGACGGGACCUUCUAAAAUAAGUACAAGUCAAUUUAUUAAAAUAGAAAUAAAAGAUAAACUUGCUGUGAUAACUUUAUGUCAACCUCGAAAGAAAAAUGCUAUUAAUACCAUAAUGUAUGAAGAUUUGACAAGGUGUUUAAAUUUUUUAUCAGAAAACGAUGAAGUUAGUAUCACUGUGAUAACUGGUUCUGGAGAUUUUUAUUCGAGUGGUACUGAUCUUUUAGAUGGUUUAAAAGAAAAUUCCGAUUCAGCCAUUAAAAAUGCCUCAAUUAGAUUACAAAAAUUUAUAGAAGCUUUUAUUAAUCAUAAAAAAAUUUUAGUAGCUUUAGUUAAUGGUCCUGCUAUUGGUAUAGCAGUCACUACUUUAGCCUUAUGUGACAUAGUUUAUAGUAUCGAUACGGCAACUUUUCAAACACCUUUUACAAAAUUGGGAAUGACAGCUGAGGGUUGUUCUUCUUAUACUUUCCCUAAAAUUUUGGGUACUGCUAAAGCAAAUGAUAUGCUACUUUUUAACUAUAAAAUGACAGCCGAGGAAGCAUAUCAAGCAGGUUUAAUUUCAAGAUUGUUCACUAAAGAAGAAAUGAAAACAAGAGUGUGGAAAGAACUUGAAAAACAUGCAGCCGAAUUGCCAAGCAAUUCCUUGAAAUUUUCCAAGGAUAUGAUAAGAGGUUUCGAUUUGGCUAAACUUAAAGAGGCUAAUAAAAUGGAAUGUCAAAGACUUGAAGAAAGAUGGAAAUCAGAAGAUUGUCUGAAUGCUGUCGUGAAUUUUAUGAGUCGACGUAGUAAAAUGUAA